GCUACUAAGUCUUUAUAUAUUCCCUCGUGCGAGCCAAAGGUCUGGUUCUACCACCCAUUGUUGCCUCUUUCUCCACAAUGCUUUCCACACUCUCAAUCUUACUACUUGCUUCGGCUGCUGCUGGACGGGACAUUGCUUUCCCACCUGUGGCAGCAUAUCAAUCUCCCAUGAUGCACAGCUUUGGGCAUGAAGAGAUUGAUAUCACUGGAGCCAAGUUCGCAGGACUCACGACGUUUGCGAAUCUGCCUUACGUGCAUUGUCUCGACAAGGAUGGCUUCGAGAAAUAUGACAUUGCCAUCCUGGGAGCUCCAUUCGACACUGGUGUGACUGCGAGACCGGGUGCCCGAUUCGGACCAAAUGGCAUCAGAACAGGAUCUCGUCGCAUUCAUCCGGACUCGGCAUGGAGCAUCUACAGUGGAAACAAUCUAUUCAAGGAAUGGGCCACCAUUGUCGACUGUGGGGAUGCUCCCCUGACCGUGCUGGACAACACUGUGGCUUUGAAGCAGCUCGACACAGCCCACAGAAUCAUCUCGAGCCGACCAACCAACUCGACGGACUACACUGUACCGAGAAUUGUAACCCUUGGCGGCGACCAUACAACGACUCUAUCUGCUUUGAGGUCUACGAUCAAGCAUUGGGGCCCAGUAAGUGUCAUCCACUUCGACAGCCACAUCGACACAUGGGAUCCCGAAGUGCUCGGAGGAGGCGUCUCGCACUAUGCGGGCGUCAACCAUGGCACUUUUCUGCACAUUGCACACGAAGAAGGCCUGGUCAGAAACACCUCAAUCCAUGCAGGAAUCAGAGCGCCAGUCAUGAACAAGAAGCAUGAUGUAAGGAACGACCGACGCUGCGGGUUUGAGAUGAUCAAGGCCAGGGAUAUCGAUAGACUCACACCCCAAGGAGUCAUUGACAAGCUGAAGCGCCGCGUCGCUGGGACGAAGGUUUACAUAUCUGUUGACAUUGAUGUUCUUGACCCUGCAUUCGCGCCAGCAACGGGCACAGCAGAAGUCGGAGGUUGGACUACGAGAGAACUUCUCACAAUCCUUGAUGGAUUAUCAAGUCUGCAUGUCGUUGGAGGCGAUGUUGUCGAAGUGGCACCCAUCUAUGAUAAUCCUGGAGAGCCGACCACUUUGGCAGCAUCGGAGGUCGUCAUGUCUUUGCUGCAGUUGAUGGUGGACAAUCCAGUUAGAGCGGAUUCAGGCCCGUUGUGAAUUGUACGGUAACCAAGCAGAUAAUCGGCCAUCGUGCUCGGGUGUUUACGCUCAGAGAACCAUCACUAAAACCCAACUGAUUGAAUUUUGCCGCGAGUC